CAGGAACCCAACCCCGGCCGACCUUGGGCUCCAGGAAUUCGUCGUCUACGUCUGCGGAGGUGCGGCAGCCUCAGUUUUAAGCUCAGCCAGGUGAUCAAGUAUAUCUGAAAGUUUUUAGAAGACAAGAUGUAUUGUAACCUCCCUGGAAAAAGAAGAGACCUUAUGAAGUACUGCUAACCACCUACAUAGUCAUCAAAAUAAAAUUCCUGAAUUUGUACAAGCCACAGGAAGCUAGAUCGAGAUCAUUACAUGACAACUGGAAGGCCAAGCCUAUGGGUUACCUCAAAUUGAGGAAUUUCGGCACCUACUCACAGGCUCCAUGAGCAGAUGAAGUAGACAGCUUUACUCAGUAUCUCAGACCAAGAACUUCGUCUCCAUCUCCAACUAGCUGAAACAUCUUCCCUCCUCGACCUGGAAAAUUCUCUGACUUAGAAAUUUAAACAAAACCCUCCCCCUUUCAUUGAAUCUCCAUUGUCUGGAGUUUGCUUGUCUUAAUCUAGCCUGUUCUCCCUCUGUUCCUCUACUAUGGGCUCCCUUUCAAACUAUGCCCUGCUUCAACUAACCCUUACUGCUUUUUUGACAAUUCUAGUACAACCUCAACACCUGCUUGCUCCAGUUUUCCGGACACUAUCUAUCUUGACUAAUCAGUCUAAUUGCUGGUUAUGUGAACAUCUAGACAAUGCAGAACAACCCGAACUAGUUUUUGUUCCUGCCAGUGCAAGCACCUGGUGGACCUAUUCUGGACAAUGGAUGUAUGAAAGGGUGUGGUAUCCACAAGCAGAAGUACAGAAUCACUCUACUUCCUCCUAUCGUAAAGUGACUUGGCACUGGGAAGCCUCCAUGGAAGCUCAAGGUCUAUCCUUUGCUCAAGUAAGGUUAUUGGAGGGAAAUUUUUCUCUUUGCGUAGAAAAUAAAAAUGGCAGUGGACCCUUCCUAGGUAAUAUACCUAAACAAUACUGUAAUCAAAUACUAUGGUUUGAUUCUACAGAUGGCACCUUCAUGCCGUCUAUAGAUGUUACAAAUGAAUCCAGGAACGAUGAUGAUGAUACAAGUGUUUGCCUAGGCACUAGACAAUGUUCCUGGUUUGCAGGUUGCACAAACCGGACCUGGAACAGCUCAGCUGUUCCCUUGAUUGGUCUGCCCAAUACCCAAGACUACAAAUGGGUAGAUCGAAAUUCUGGAUUGACCUGGUCAGGUAAUGACACCUGUCUCUAUAGCUGCCAAAACCAAACCAAAGGCCUUCUGUACCAGCUAUUUCGCAACCUAUUUUGCUCUUAUGGCCUGACAGAGGCACAUGGGAAAUGGAGAUGUGCAGAUGCCAACAUAACUAAUGACAAAGGUCAUGAUGGACACCGGACCCCCACCUGGUGGCUCACAGGUUCCAAUCUGACCUUGUCUGUGAACAACUCUGGCCUCUUUUUUUUGUGCGGCAAUGGGGUGUACAAAGGGUUUCCACCUAAAUGGUCUGGGCGAUGUGGACUUGGGUAUCUUGUACCUUCCCUCACCAGAUACCUCACCUUAAAUGCUAGCCAAAUUACAAAACUGAGAUCCUUCAUUCAUAAAGUAACACCACAUAGAUGCACCCAAGGAGACACAGACAAUCCACCUCUGUAUUGCAACCCCAAGGACAAUUCAACAAUAAGGGCCCUUUUUCCAAGUUUGGGAACUUAUGAUUUAGAAAAGGCAAUUCUAAACAUUUCCAAAGCAAUGGAACAGGAAUUCAGUGCCACUAAGCAGACCUUGGAAGCACACCAAUCAAAAGUUAGCAGUUUAGCCUCUGCAUCCCGAAAGGAUCAUGUCUUGGAUAUACCGACCACCCAACGACAAACAGCUUGUGGAACUGUUGGCAAACAGUGUUGCCUCUAUAUAAAUUAUUCGGAAGAGAUAAAGUCUAAUAUACAGCGUCUCCACGAAGCAUCCGAGAACCUGAAGAAUGUACCGUUACUUGAUUGGCAAGGCAUAUUUGCAAAAGUGGGAGACUGGUUCAGAUCAUGGGGCUAUGUGCUUUUAAUUGUUCUUUUCUGCUUAUUCAUCUUUGUUUUAAUCUAUGUUCAUGUCUUUCACAAAUCUCGCAGAUCCCUUAACUCCCAACCUCUGAACCUAGCCUUAUCUCCACAGCAAUCAGCACAGCUCCUUGUCAGUGAAACUUCAUGUCAAGUUUCAAAUAGGGCAAUGAAGGGACUAACAACCCAUCAAUAUGACACAAGUCUACUUUGAGAAUAUCUGAACAAACAGCAGCUGCAGACAAAAAGCCUUAGCUAAACUUUGAUGAGUAAAGCAGGCCUUACUGAGAAUUCAGCUGCCAAAACCCUCCUCUGAGUGUUCCUCUUAUAAGGGCACUUAGCACUAGGACCUCCCAAGGUAUUGUAAAUAAGCCUUAUCAGAACUUUUCGUAGUUUCAUUCUGAAGCCUUAAGACACACACCAUGAAGCUGAUCUGUAAACCCUUACCCCUUGCUGUUCAGAGAGCUACUCUUUAUAGUGUUCUUGCAUGCAUAUAUAAUAAAUGUUUUUUCUAUUGAUCUGUUAAUUUGCAAGCCCCCAAACACUGGAACUAAGUUGAGGGCAGGAUAGUUUCUCCCAACAGCACUUUGUAGGCUUCUGGAUAGACCAAAGAGUGUGUUUGAAUAGAUAAGGGAAUUUUGUUCCCUUGAUUUUGGUUGAAGGUAGAAGAAUCCAAUGUACACAUACACAAAACUAUGUCCUUGAAUUUGUCUCAAAGAAUAAAUAUUGGGUAGUCAUCAGAAUUGACUGAAAACUUACUUUAGGGAGAAAGCCACAAAUAAGUUAGGCUGGUAUGAUCUGAGCUUUCCUGACUUCCCAUGGGCAUUUUAGUGGUCUAAUGGAAUAUUAGUCUGAUAUGCAUUUUAGCCAUCUUAUGACAUGGGCCGCAGGUGGAAGUAGGAUGUAGGGAGUGUUGAGGUGGCAUCUAUUAUAUCAAAUGGUUCACUCUGCCCAGUCCUCUGGUGAGUUCCUUACAUGCAUCUUUCUAGUUAAUCCUCUCAGUGUUCAUAUUUUACAGAUUAAUCAACUCAAAGGGUAGAUAGCUUGCUAAAGAUUAUACUAUUACUGAAAAAUAGCAAGAUGCAGAACAGGGUACCUAGUAUGUUACUUUUUUUUUUUUUUUGAGGCAGAGUCUGGCCCUUUCACCCAGGCUGGAGUGCAGUGGCUCGAUCUCGGCUCACUGCAACCUCUGCCCCCUUGGGUUCAUGCCAUUCUCCUGCCUCAGCCUCCCGAGUAGCUGGGACUACAGGUGCCUGCCACCACGCCUGACUGAUUUUUUGUGUUUUUAGUAGAGACGGAGUUUCACCAUGUUUGCCAGGAUGGUCUCAGUCUCCUGACCUCAUGAUCCACCCACCUCAACCUCCCAAAGUCCUAGGAUUACAGGUGUGAGCCACUGCACCCAGACUAGUAUGUUACUUUUUAUUUUAAAAAAGGGGAAAUGAUAUGUAUAUGUGUAUGUAUUUGCAAAUAAAACAGGAAAAGCCAUUCACAAUUGAAAGUGAUUCACAUGUAAGAGGAAUGGACUGUGAGAUUCUCACCUCCUUUUUAAGGUUGCACAUAAACAAAUUUAUGAACAUAGCAGAUUGAUAAUUUAUUAACAGAAUAAUCAUUUCAAGUUACAUUAAGAAAACAUGGAUGGCUCGGCACGGUGGCUCACUCCUGUAAUCCCAGCACUUUGGGAGGCCAAGGCAGGCAGAUCACGAGUUCAAGAGAUCAAGACCAUCCUGGCCAACAUGGUGAAACCCCAUCUCUACCAAAAAUACAAAAAUUAGCUGGGCAUGGUGGCAGGCACCUGUAGUCCCAGCCACUCAGGAGGCUGAGGCAGGAGGAUCGCUUGAACCUAGGAAGCAGAGGUUGCAGUGAGCUGAGAUCGCACCACUGUAUUCCAGCCUGGCAACAGAGUGAGAUUCUGUGGCAAAAAAAAAAAAAAAAAAAAAAAGCACAGACUGGGUGUGGUGGCUCAUGCCUGUAAUUCCAGCACUUUGCGAGGCUGAGGCAGGUGGAUCGCUUGAGCCCAGAAGUUGGAAAUCAGCCUGGGCAACAUGGUGAAACCCUGUCUCUACAAAAAAUUAGCCAGGUGUGGUGGCAUGUGCCUAUAGUCCCAGCUACCCAGGAGGCUGAGGUGGGAGCAUCACUUGAGGCUGGGAGGUCGAGGCUUCUGUGAGCCAAGAUUGUGCCACUGCACUCCAGCCUGGGUGAUGGGGUGAGCUUCUGUCUCGAAAAGAUAAAGAAAAGAAAACUCAUACUCUGGAACAAUAGAACCCUUAUAGAUGGCUUUGUUGUUCACAGUAAUGUUGAUAUCAAAAGAAGGUAGGCUGGGUGCAGUGGCUUAUGCCUGUAAUCCCAGCACUUUGGGAGGCCAAGGCAGGCAGAUCACCUGAGGUCAGGAGUUCAAGACCAGCCUGACCAACGAGGAGAAACCCCGUCUCUACUUAAAAAAAAAAAAAAAUACAAAAUUAGCCAGGCCUGGUGGUGCAUGCCUGUAAUCCCAGCUACUCGGGAGGCUGAGGCAAGAGAAUCACUUGAACCCAAUAGGUUGAGAUUGUGGUGAGCCAAGAUCGUGCCAUUGCACUCCAGCCUAGGCAACAAGAGCGAAACUCUGUUUCAAAAAAACCCCCCAAAAAACACAAAACACACACACACACACA